AUGGAAACUACAUCGAUUACUGAUAGAUUAUUGGCUCUAAAACAACCAGAGAUCUCCACCGAAGAUUUACUAGAGGGAGCACUACAGUACAAGUUUAGCUUUUUGGGUAAAAUCUAUACCUCAAAAGUUUUUUCAGUCAGUGAUUUGGAAAAGGAAUUUAAAAAGCUUUGGCCUAAAUGCAGAGAUAUCUACAUCAAGAAGGAGGAUAACGAUUGUCUUCUCAUAAAGUUUCAUACUCAUGAUGAUUAUGAAGUUGUACUCAAGUUCAGGCCUUGGUUCCUUGAAGGGGAUCUUUUUAUUUUGGAACCUUGGAACCCUCAGAUGCCAAAAAGUUUAGUUGACUUAACUAAACAGCUUCUCUGGCUACGCCUCUACAACAUGCAACCAGGUUUUGCAAACCAAAAGAUUGUUUAUGGAAUUGCUUCUGCCAUGGGUGAGGUUAAAGAACUAGAUCCAAAGGAUUGUAUCAUUCCAAAAGGAAAAGUACAAAAAGCUUUAGUUCUCUUGGAUGUUAGAAAUCCUUUGCGUAGAGGAAUCUGGAUGAAGAAUGUUGCGGGAGAAGAGGUGUGGAUAAGAUUAUUUUAUGAAAAACAUCCAUUUAACCUAUGUGGCCUCUGCUAA